AUGAGCAUGAUUAAGGCAUAUAACAAGAAAUACGACAUAGACAAUAUAUCUUGCAAUUACUGCAAGAAAGAAGGGCAUACAAUAGAUAAAUGCUUCAAGAUACAUGGCUAUCCUCCAAACUCGUCUAAGAGAUUCAAAACUAACCAUGCCAAUGGAAAAUCCUACUCAACUAAUCAAGUUGAGGGCAAUACUGUUGAUCAAUCAACUGCUGUGGAGCUGACCAGUGAUCAGUGCCAACAGAUUGUGGAGUUCCUCAAAACAAAAGGCAAUCAAGAAGGAGCUUCAACAGAGAAUCAACAAGUUAUGGCUACUGCAGCUGCAGUAGCAGGAAGCAGCCACAUUGAAGAAAGUUAG